UCAGAUAUAGUGAAUGCAGAGUCUGGGGAGACCAGAUAUAGUGAAUGCAGGGUCCAGGGAGACCAGAUAUAGUGAAUGCAGGGUCCGGGGAGACCAGAUAUAGUGAAUGCAGGGAGUCCAGGGAGACCAGAUAUAGUGAAUGCAGGGUCCAGGGAGAUCAGAUAUAGUGAAUGCAGAGUCUGGGGAGACCAGAUAUAGUGAAUGCAGGGUCCAGGGAGACCAGAUAUAGUGAAUGCAGGGUCCGGGGAGACCAGAUAUAGUGAAUGCAGAGUCUGGGGAGACCAGAUAUAGUGAAUGCAGGGUCC